AUGUAUGCGAGAAGGUUUGCGCCUUUAACACGCUUACACUUCGCCUCGGCGUUGGUGGCCGCUUUUGAGCAGAUAUUGGGGGGGGGGCGCUCUAAUCAGCAGUGGCAUUUCUAUCUGUCCAAGGACGUUAUGGAUAUGCGCGCCACUAAUUCGGGAGACUCGAAUCAGAUGGCUUACUCUAGUUCGAAUUUGGCUACCUUAACUUCGAUUUUAACACCUUCUGACUCCCCUUAUUACGAAUUAGCACAUUUGAACUACAAUAUACCAUACAAACAUCUCCCAGCGAACUCUACCACAGGGAUAAUUAAAGAUCUGAUGAAUAUAGGGCAUGGAGUUGGGAGGGGUCGAUUGGGUGAUGAUAACUACACUAGGUCAAUUGAGCUAUUAGCCAUGAGGGAUAAAGUCACGUGCGACAGAAGCGACCCGUGCCACAACUGCAUUUCAAACAAUAUAAAUUCUAGGAGAGAAUUCUUGCCACCGCCUCGAAAUUCUCUUCAUACUCCAAUGGGCCUUGAUUUUGAUUUGACACAAAGAUUUCCAAAGGCAAACAGUUCUCUAGCAGACUCCUCUCAUCCCAUUUAUCAAUGGUUGCCAAAGUGGAAAACCGAUCAAUAUCAAUCUUGGAAAGGCCGUGAUUGUUACCACAAGUAUUCAAAUCGCCUGGAAAGCGGAGAAGUUGUGGGCUUUCAAGGCACCUUAGUACAUCAAUGUCUCCCCCCAGUAUCCAUGGUCAUGAACCGAGGUCAUAACCUCGAGGAAAUAAAAUUGUACGCCUCGCUUCCUAUGGUCCCUAAUUUCUACGGGCAAAACAUAAUCCGUGAAACCCAGAUGAAGAGUAGACUAUGGAAAGAGUUACUCCUUUGGCCAUCGAAUGGUCCGCACAUUCGAACAUCUACUAUGGAGGCCACUAACGCAAUUCCCAGUGGACCAAAAUUACCAACUACUCUAUGGAUUUGGUUCCUGCCAACCUACUUCCAUCGGUCACUGAGCAGACGAUUUCCAUGGCUCUCAAUGAAUCUGAGGACAGUCAAAUUCCUCCUCAAGCCUGACGGAGAGUAUGGUAACAUUUUUGUACUGUUUGCGUCUUCUCUGAUCUUUUACUCCAUACGUCCACUUAUCAUUCAAUAUGGGCUUAUUGGACGCCUGGAUGACAAAGUGGGAACAAUCCACAGUGAAUCAAAAAUGAGAGAUCAAACACUAUACUCUUUCCUAAGGGGGUUUCUCCAACUCAUGAGCAGAGAUAAGGACAUCCAUGAAUGCCACAUUAAGCAUCAUUACCAGGACACUACUGUUUAUAGAAUCAAGAUCUUCAGUAGACUAAUCAUUGUCGAAGUCAUUGUCAAUAAUAUGAAGACGUAUCUUGAAGCCGUAAAUGUCUCUAGAAUUCUCGUUCUUUCUGGAACUUCAACUGGGAUAUCUGAAUACAAGUCCCACGCAGACAGGCCGAGAAGUGGUGCUCCAGAUUUUCUUUACCGUGGGCAUCACAUCUUGCCCCGAGAGCUGCGUUCGAGCUAUGCUCAAAGCUUCGUCAGCUGUCGCGGUAUACAAGCCCGCACAGGAAUGGCGCCAUUCCGCUUUUCUUCCUUUCUCCUCGCUUUCUUCUUGCUACCAGACGCUAUGCUCUUGAACGAGAUGCACCUCUUGCGGUCUUUGGGGUCUCAUAUGUGGUGUCGAGUUCUAUGUUGGUCAUACAUACCAUUCAAUUUAAAAUGCAAGAAAAUAUUUAAUAUUAUCGUAGUGCAUAGUUUUUCAUUGGUAGAAAGUAUAUUGCUUGAGAGAGAGCCUCCAAACUUUGGCAUCACAUCUAACAUGCCAUUACCAAGAAUCCGAACGAGGCUAGAAACCACCGGACGCCGCAGCCACACAAUUGUAGGCCUCCACAGUUCCUGGAUCACGCUGCAGUCGAAUAUGGGGAGACGCGGCAAUAUUUCGCUUAUGCAUCCUGCCUUACGGGAAGAUCUAUAUGUUCAUUGGACUGAUAAACAUCCCUGGUCCUUCAGGCACUUGGACUUUCAUAACUCAAUCCGAGUGGGUGUUCGUGUUACAGAAAUACUUCUGGUGCGAGACAUGGGAGUAGACAGCCCGCAACCUACAGAGAUAUCACUAGCUCAGAAGCCUAGUGUGUGUCUGAUAUUUUUCCUCCAUUGUCUACGAACUCCCCAACCCAAUCCCGAAUCCUUAACCCGCUGCCAUCGCUCGAAAUCUCCUCUUCUGAACUGCCACACCACCUGGGAGAUUAUAAUGGGCAGCUUUCAGGGAGGCUUAUUCAUGAAGCAGCAUGCACGCCGGUCUUCCUUCAACAAGCUUUCGGUCGAAGGACAGCAAACCUUGGGUGCAAGAAAAGAAAAAAAAAAUGGAGCCAAAGAUUGCGCGUUGGACGCAUGCCUCUGCAUGUUUCCUACGAGACCCUUGAGGUUAUACUUGCCGACAGGCCACAACCAUCUCAACCCCCACUUGCUUCCUACCACCUACUACACAAACGCACUCACUUGCAUUGAAUACAUCACAUACCAACACGAUAUGAUAACGAUACAUGGAGGUUGGGGGGUCAGGGAUCGCUGUUGGGGAAGGCGCAACGGAAACCACGGCUCGGCGCGAGCCGCACAUGCCACUUCGGAAACUAUGAUUGGUAAGAGAUAUAAUAUUUGCGCGUGCUAUUAUGGCAGCUAUGUUUUGGAGGGGGCUGGAUGUUCAAGUUGGAAAAGAAUGUAUGUCACUGUUGAGAUCGGCGAUCGGCAGCAGUCUUCGAACUGUGAUGCAGCCUUCAAACCGCCCUUAACCACUGAUCCCCGAGACACCGGCAAGACACGCAACCCGAGAAAUCUUAUAAGAUCGGGACAGACUGAAAUAAACCUUCCAGAGGUAGAAACUGAUAUAGAGAAAAAUGGCCCACUAAGAACUCUGGCAGCUGUGAAGCUUAUUGGGGACGGUAAGGACUAUUCCAUUAAAGCGUUAAAAUGUUUAUUCAUAUUGAGCUGUGACUUUAAUUUCAGGAAAGACUGCCAGACUCCCAAUUCUCAGGCCAAAACAGGUUGUAGAGGAGGGAUUUGGAAUAGUCAGUGCUAUGAAAUGGUAUCUUGCGACGCGCCGGACUACCGGUCACUGCAAUACGGCCAAUUUCUCACCUUAACGAAACAUACCUUUCGCAUGCAUGGCUCUCACGAUAGUCGCCUGCUCACACGAUGGUCUCAUCAAUCAACCCAUUUCUUCAUGUCUCUGGUGCUCCUCCUAGCUUCACAUUAUCCCUGCCUGAAAUUUGGAGAUUUUGCUGAAGGAUACUACCGGGCACCAACCUGCCAUGGUGCUUCUCACGUACUCGAGGUUCUAGCCAUUGUGGUUGCAACUGCAGACGUAAGCGGCGUGACACUCGUGGGGCUGACGAUAAGUCAAUUUAUCCCGUUAUUUCAUCAGACGGGGUUUGCUCUGGUCUUGUUCCUUUGUCUCUCAAUUGCUGUUCUCAUUAAAUUCCAACCCAUGAACCACGAUGAACGAACUCCGCAUCGCCCACCUACUGACACGCUACAGAAACUAGCACUUCUAAUAGGACGUCCUCCGUGCCGUACUGUCCCAGAGGGGUCAGCUACGGAGGUCUUAUGGAGGUGGUAUUCAAGGUAUUCUAGUGGCGUGAGAUCUUUCCAAGCCGUUUAG